ACAACGUCGACAUCUCUGUAUAUAUUUAGUAUAUAUAAUAUAUGUAUGCUGCUCGCGAAUUGUCUUGAUGUUGCCUAUGUAGAGACGUGACGGGAGCGACUACUGCUCUGCUGUACCGAAUGUGUACUGCUGCUGCUGCUGCUGCUGCUAUGUGAGAUUGAAAGUUCAUGGAAAAGUGUCCGUGACUGCUGCUCUCGAUGAUUUUCCUUCCAGUGCCGAGUGUCUUGCGCGUGUGCGUGUGUGAUUUCGUGCCGAUGCUGCUGUCGCUGCGUUCAACAGUGGUCGAAUGAGAGAUUUGAUGCACCGAAACGCUCACCGUGCCUUCGAGGAAUAAUAAGCUGCAUUUUUAUUUGUUGUUCGUGCGCUCCGCGCGAGUGUCUUCGUGCAUUCGUUUUUUGUAACGCAAUUAUGGCGAAGGAGGAGGCGACGGAGAAAAAGGAGAUCUCGUCGUCGGAUCAGCAUCACUUCAAGAAGCCACUGGCCCCGGUCAAGAAGAGCAGCAGCGGUGCGAAAAAGGACCACAAGUUUCGGAUGCCACUGGUGAAUCUUAAAAACAAGAAUGUCAGAAAAAAAAUGAAGCCCAUCAUUGAAAAAUUAUCACACGGGCUCAUAGACAUCAUUGAGAAUCAAUCGCAGGACCUUUUGAACUCUUCACCGAGAGUCAAAUACAAAAGGUUGAUACAGUUCGUCAAAAAAAAUCAUCUGACAGAAAUAGCUUCGGACAAGAAUAUUGCACUGUUACUAAAGUCUGAACGUCUUGUGAACUAUGUUGCAACGGGAACCAGAAUACCUUACGAAUUAGCCAUUAACGUUAUGAUAAGAACUGGCUUUCAUUCAGUUAAUGAAUUUAAUAACUAUAUAUACGAUCGACAAAGCACAUUUAUAGUUUUGUGCGGAGAACAAAAAAACCAGAAUACUCCUCUGGUAGAAAGUACAAAACGAAAUGGAUACUUCAGAGAAAAUGAUUCUGUAAAUAUGGAAUUAUAUUUUCAACGCAUUUGUAAUAACAAAAACAUAGAGUCAAGUUCUUGAGAAUUCAAUAUGAAUGAUUAAAUUACAUCUAGUGGAAGAGCGUUAUCUUCGAUUCGUCUUCGAAGUCUUCGAGAUCAACUUAACUAAUCGCACGGUUGCUGUUACCUACCUUUGCUUCUCUUUUUGAAAAGACAAAAAAAAACAACAAAAGACAAAAAAGAAAGACUGCAGUUGUAAUAAUGAUAUAUUCAAAUAUUUAGCGCACGAAUAUUCUCCUAUACAGGUUAAUUAUACAUAUUUUCUAUCGAUAUAGUUUAAUAUAUCAACGAUGCACGAUCACGGAGGAUUAUCAUUACUUUAUUUUUAUACGUUUAUAUGUACGGUGAUAUACAUUUAUGCCUGCGCGUUCGCGAGGCCCCGCGCGCACUUGGAUCAAUUCGUCGAAAAUUAUGAUGCGUUAUACUUCGAAAAAUAGGUUUUGAGCUAUAUCGGAUUUUUCUCUCUUUCUGAUUUUUUCUUAGCACGACUUCCAUUAUCGCCGAAAGAAAAUUCGUGUUCGCUUUUCGCGCAAGUUAACUUACUAAAAAAAUCUGAAUAAUUCUUUACAGACUCUCUACUGAAAAUGUACAUAUUUAUAAAUAAUUAAGAAAUAAGUUAUAGCGUUAUUGAUUUUUCCGACACUGUAUAGAUUUUCACUUUUUGGUAAAACAACGAGUGAUCGAUUUAAUUAAAUUGUUUUUUUUUUUUUUUAAUGUUUAUACGCAAUACUGCAAUACAACGAUGCCUCGACAAAACAUCACCGUAACGAUGAUAUAUGCUAUAAUAAUAUUUCGGUAAAAAUGUCUCGCAAUCAUCAAGAUUAUUUUUUCCCGAGAGUGGUUAUGAAUGAAAUUUUGAUUAACGCGUUAAAACUUGUAAAUAGACUUUCACACACGCGUGUACAUUUGUCAGUUAAAACUUGUGUUCAAACGAAUGGUCUUAUAUUUUAAUAAACUAGCAAAUAGGUUCCUCAUAAGUAAUAAUGUACAGUUUAGCUAAGAUAAUAGUAUAAUAAUACGAGAUUACUAAUUAAUCGCAGCGGUUACAAAAACUUACCGAUCUCGCACGAGGGAAAUCGGAUGUUGCGAAAAUGCUCGAAUGAUCCCACGUGUUGGAUCGUUAGUCUUUCAGACUGUGGUUUGCGUUAUACAUAGGUAUAUAUAUAUUCAUACGUAUAAUUUGUGCGACGUUGGAUACAGUCAUAGUUCUAGCCAUAGCUCAAUCUCAUUGAAUUUUCGCUCCUUUUUCAAGCGAGCGUAUCGUUUUUGGUGCAUUAUGUAAAAAAGAAAAUUUGUUCUGUCGACGUUUGAUUUUUCAUAUUCUAAGCGAAGCAUUUUUUCUGAGUAUAUAGAAUUAAAUAGAGAAUAAUCCUUGUUACCAAAAGACAUUCGUGCUAAAAAAAAAAUUCUAACGCAAAUAACGAUUUAACACGCUGCAUGUAGUAUACGAAAAAAACGAACGAAGAUUCGUAAUAAUUUGCCACAACACACAAACGUAGAAAAUUACGACCGAGUGACUGAAAUUAUUUUUCGACUUUAGAAUGGAUCGAUUAAAUGUGACUAUCCAAUACUACAUAGGGAAAACUUUAUUCUUACAGCGUGAUUUCAAUAAAAUAAGCUUAAGGGCGGAUGGAAACAUUUUUACGAUGACGAUUUUUGGAGUCACUGAGUAUGUGUGUGUAUGUGUGCUUAACUGCGUUAAAUUUUUGUGCUCGAGCGAAUUAUUAGAUAAUACAUUGUAAACAUUUUGCGAAGUGUGCUGUAAGAUACGUAUGUAAUUUAGCGAACAAAAAAAAGUGAAGAUAAUUGCAAAUACCAACUUCGUUGUUAAUAUUUUUCAUCGAUAAAUAACACGCAGCCUUUUCAACCAUUGCUCGCGAUACGAUGCAGUUUUCAAAGGAGUACAUCGGUUCAUCCGCGUUAGGACCAUAUUCGAUCCACGUUUCGAGUUACAAACGAUGUAUUGUACUCCUUCGGCGAUCGAUUCGAUUUAUUGAGAAAAUAUUGCGUCGUGAACAUCGCGAGGGGAUGUAUCAAAAAUCGAUCCUCUCUCACUCUGCAAUACGAGCUUGUGCUUACUCGUUCAAGAGAGCAUGUGUAACUAAUUUAUUGCGUGAAAUAAACCACAUCUUAUUUGCCAAUGUACACAAUGCGUAAGAAUAAUUUUCAAUCGCCGCAUCCUUUCUUAUCUUUUUUACAGCGAUGUAUACGUUUUGUGCCAUUUCGUUUCGUGAAAAAUUGAUAACGCAAUGACAUUAUAAUUGCAUUUUGAACUUUGAACGUUAUUAUUAUUACUCGCGGCACAUUAUUAAAAUUCAAGCGUCGAUAUUUAAAGGACGCAGUCAAUAGAACAGUCACAAGGACAAGAUCGGAUCAUGCGAGAAAAAAAGCAUAACACACUACCGUUACGACCUAAAAUAAUCUCGAAAAAUAUAAAUACACAAGGUUUUUAUGCGCUCUAAAUAAUUCACGUUUUGCGAGCUGCUUAAAAAAUGCCUCGAUUGUUGUAUACGCUUUAUAAAAUUCAUUCAAAAGUAUAUUACAUUUGUUAAAAAUAAAUUCGCUCGCGGCGGCGUUAUGAAUAAUCGCGUUUAACGUACAGAUAACGCGACGGUUGGAAAAUCAUCGGUUGUUGCCAACCAAAAAAAGAAAAGAAGAAACUCACUCGUCGUCGCUGCCCAUGCUCUCGACGAUGGUAUCGGCACUCAGAAUAUUUUCGUA